UCGUACCUUUCUAAGUUGUCACGUGUUUUAUUUUGUAUUUCACUUAUUUUGAUCAAUAUUUGUCAUAUUUUUGGAGCAACAAAUACAGCUUCCUGUAACAGAGAGUGCAUGAUUUAAAUGUUUAAUCCUAAAUCAGUUUUUAUUUACAUAUGGUUUAAACGAAGGAUCUGUGACGUCCGUCUGCUCAUGACGUCACUUAGAUACGAUGUUGUUAGCAACAGUAGUGGCUAACUCUGCAAGUGUAAAGUUUCACGGUUUGCAUCAGACACAAACUGGUGGAGAUGGAUGAGGUUUUUGUCAACGAAGAGACCAGAAAUGAGGCCUCGUUUGCUAACACUUCAUCUGAAACAAAGACGAGCGAUUUAUAUAAGGUGGAUAAAAACUUACCAAAGCGCUUUAACUAUCCAGAGGACUUCAAAGGGUACAGCAAAAAAACAACUAACCCACUUUACCAAACAACAAAUGAAACAUAUGGAAGCAAAAAGCCCACAGUUCAUGAGAUGCCGACGAGCUUUAGUGGGAGCAGCCGGAAGUUUUCCGAACAUCAUCUGAAGAGCGGGAUGUACAGAGAUAAUGGGUUCAACACAUCACUGGACAAGAGCAGACUUUCUGGACCCAAUACAACAAAUGUGUUUCACAACAGAAUCAAUUUUCAUUACUUAUACAACACAGAUGGGCAAUCUCAGUAAAAUACAGUAUUUAUUUAAUAUGUUAUAGAACAGUAUAGCUCAAACACUAAUAAAUCAUUUGUUGUGUUUAAUUGUAUUGAAUAGCUUGGUUACAGUGUUUCGUUCUGGGUCUGUCAGUGUUUUCCACUGAAUUAAUAAAAAACACACAAACU